AUGUUUCCACCACAUCGACCUGCGCUGGCAAGCACUAGUAGUCCAGCGCAGAUUUCAACGAGUACAACUUCAAGUGCUCCCUCAAAUGUUGCGGGUAUAUCGCUGAGAACACCAGAACCUUCACCAAGAAUACGUAAAGAUGCUACUACAGAUGUACGGGUUGGUGUUGGUAGGCACCGAGACAAGCUAGAACAAAUUCGAGAUUCUUUACGUCCGUUUGAACAAAGUAAUAAUACAGAAUUAUCGGCAACAACAUCAUUAGCAGCAGCUACAUCAUCAAACAAUAAUAACUUCACAAUUGAAGAUGAAACUCGUCGGCAAAUUUUGAUCAACACAUUGACACAAAUAGGAUUUGAAGAACAAGCAGCUCUUCUGGCUCUUGAAUUAGUUCGAUAUUCAAGUGUUGCAGCAGCUGCAGAAGUUUUAUUGAAUCUCAACAAAGAACAUGUCUUUCGACAGGAUUUACACGACUAUGGCGGAACUUUGCAGGGAACAGCAACAUCUUCAGCAUCUUUCUUAUACAGUAGCAAUAACAGUAACAGUAUUAAUACCGUAAUGUAUAAUAAUACAAAAUUAUCAAUGGUACCAUCAAGUCAGUUAAACAAUGGUCAGACAUCUGGAGCUUUGGCAGUAUCAAAUGUAAUGGUCAAUGCUCAGUUGACAACGGCAUCUAUACUGACAAAUGUUGAUGACAGUUCUUCAAGUCGGUCCAACAGUCCUCUGACUAGAAUACCAAGUCCAUCAACGGCUCCUUCUUCAUUUCAGGUAAGUUCGACAAGCCCAUCGUUCCAGAUCAAAAACAACACUUAUCAACAAACUGCUGAUUAUCAUCGAACUCUUACGCAUUUAUCUGUAGAUUCAUCAAAAUUUUGCUAUAACAAUUCGAUCAAAACAGCGGUAAAUAAUUUUGACUAUGCGUUACCGACACCGCCAUCGCAAAGUUCUCCUGCCAUUGCGACAGGUUCAUCGUUAUCGGCUUUAGCACGUAGUCGUAAAGUUGAUCGACCAACAACGCAGCAAGCUUCUGCUAUUAUAACUAUUGAAGGGUUGCAAGGAUGUACCGGUGAUCGUAUAACUAAAUCAAAACAGUCAUUGGUGUCUCGAUCCUACAUAAAUGGUAGUAAUGUUGGGUUGAGACGACCAGAUACAAUACCAGUAAUAAGGACACGACUGGAAAAACCAAUAAAUGCAAUAAUAUUGAAUGCACCGGAGUCAUUAUAUGUAAUGGUAUGA